AACUGGACGUGAUGUGGAAUUAGAUCCUGCUCCAGUGAAGCCACCCAGCACUACCGUAAAGGGGGGGGGGAGAAUAUAGCAGCAAUGAAUAGGCCACAAAAUGGCUCCACUCACUUUUACCAAUGAAAAGCAAAUGGACGAUGGAGCGGCUGCCGGCGGAGCUGCCCCCCAGUGACCCGCGGGAUGCCCGGCCCCCCCAGCAGCACGAUCCGGGAGCGGAAGGCACGAGCGAGCCGGAGAGCAGCCGCGGGGGGAUGGAGGUCCCAGGAGAGCCCCAGCUGCUGCUCAAUGGGGUUUCCAAGGAGACGGGCCGGCCCUCCCCCGGACCCCCCGCCGCCGCCGCCGUGCCGGUGAUCGAGCUGGUGCGCAGGGACAUAAAAGGCCGCGAGGCGCCCGGCGAGGCAAUGCAGAGAGCGCCGGGCGCCGAGCCGUGCAGAGCCCCGGCCGAGGCCGCCUGCGACGCCCGCAUGGUGCAGCUCAGCCCCCCGGCGCUUCCCCUGCCGGCGGCCGGCAGAGCCAUGCUCUACAACAUCGGCCAGCCGCUGGCCGCCAUCAACAGUGGGUUUUUUGGAGAGCCAGACAGCUUCUCAAUGUACAACAACAACAGAAUGAAAAGAAGACCAUCUCCUUAUGAAGUGGAGAUCAGUGAUGGUCCCCAUACAAAAGUGGUCCGCCGUAUUUUUACCAAUAGCCGGGAAAGGUGGAGACAACAGAAUGUCAACGGUGCAUUCGCAGAGCUUCGUAAACUCAUUCCGACCCACCCACCUGACAAAAAACUGAGCAAGAAUGAAAUUUUACGUCUGGCUAUGAAAUACAUCAACUUCCUGGCCAAACUGCUUAAUGACCAGGAAGAAGAAGGAAACCAAAGGGGCAAAGUGAACAAAGACACUGGGAUAGUCCAAGAGGAUCUCCUGCAGGACAUGUUGUCUCCAAAUUCUAGCUGUGGAAGCUCUUUAGAUGGAGCAGGGAGCCCAGACAGCUUCACAGAAGAACAUGAAACAUUAGAUUCAAAGCAUACGAGGAGUCUUCAUCACUCCAUUCUUCCUGUAGAAGGCAAUGCCCAGCGAUGACGACCUUACAGAUCCCUUCUAAAACACAGAGGGGAAAAGUAAACCCUAAGUCUCUGGGUCUUGGAAUUACACUCUAUUUUCCCAACUCUACAUCUCCAGAAAGAAUAUUUCUAAAGGUCACAAUCCCUGAACUAAAAGGACAGUGAGUUGAUGGAGAACAAGACCAAAUCAAGUGGACAUUCAACAUUUAGGUACUUGAUCGGACGGAGACGAAAGUCAUCUUAUUGUACAUAUUGCUCAUGGAUGUAAUACUGGAUGGGGGGAGGGAACAUUGCUGACGCCUCUUCAAUAUCAAGUGAUUUGAUGAUGGUCUCUUGAAAAAGAAUAAUCAUGGCUCAGAAACAGGCAGCAACUCCCUCUUUCGCUGCCAAUGGAAGCUACAUGUCCCUUCCAUUUGCGCGUGGCACUUGGAAACUACCAAAAUCUCUAACAGUUCUGCAGCAUCUCUCCAAACUAUUCUAAUGACGUAUAUGCAACUUGUCGGUGUGGAAGCUAGGACAAUGCCUUCUUGUUGUCCAAGAGCUUUUGACUUUACCUUUUUAAAGAGCUGAAAAAUGCCUCCCACUAAAGAACUAUUACAAGGAAUGAGACUUUUUUUUUCCCCAAAAACCUCCAAACCUUAGCCUAACUUUGGAUUGUUUGAGGUGUUGUAUUUAUGAUGUGGAAUUACUUCUGUUUAAUAACCGUCAUGCAGUAUCCAUUGAAAGAAAAGGUACAUAGAUGUUUCCUUCUCUCUCCCCUCCCAACUAUUGCGCAAUGGCUGAAAUCCUGGCCCUGUUGAAGUCUACGGGAAUCUCAUCAUUGGCUUCAGUGGGGACAUGACGUCACCCAAGGAUUACACAUUUCAGUAUGGGUGAGCGGGAAUUUUCCUUGCAAUUGUCAUCCUGGUAUUUUAGUUUAAGACAAAGGCAGGGGUGGAAUAACAAAUUGUGUGUGUGCGUGUGUGUGUAGAAGGGAUAUAAAAGCGAUUUAAUUAUGUGCUUUGAAUUGUUGGGUUUUACCCAUUUGGAAAGGAUGGUUAUUUCACUUACUCUCUCCCCCCUUCCCCCCACUCUGUUGAUUAGUCCCCCGGUUUGAUCCUGCCACUUUGUCUACUUAAGACUUCCACCGGAGCCUUGUCUACACAAGGAUGUGGCCAUCUCUAGAGUUCUCAGAAGCAAAGCAGUUGACCUGGACUCUGAGACUCACAGCCACAGAUUUGUUCUUGCUGUGUAGAUUUACACUAAGGCCUGGUCUACACUUGGAGGGGGGGAUCGGCCUAAGAUACGCAACUUCAGCUACGAGAAUAGCGUAGCUGAAGUCAACGUAUCUUAGUUCGACUUACCUCCCAUCC